GCCUUGCUUCCUCGUAACACUGAAACACCAUUGACUGUUUUGCUUAUCAAUUACUAUCACUAUUAAUGGCAGUUCUUAGUUCUGGAGAAUUCCUUGGGGCAUUUCUUGUUUUCGUUGUAAUCCACUACUGGAGGCUCAACAGACACACCCCAAUUGCUAAGUGGCCCAUUCUUGGCAUGUUACCUGGUGUAUUCCUCAACAUGCCCACCAUCUUUGAUUAUAUAACUUCUGUUUUGAAACGUGAAGGAGGCACUUUCAUGUUUGAAGGACCAUGCCUAUCAAACAUGAACAUAAUGUUUACCAGCGACCCAAUGAAUGUGCAACACAUCACCAGCACAAAAUUUCAAAACUAUGGGAAAGGGAAUGAUUUUAGAGAGAUUUUUGAAAUUCUGGGAGAUGGGAUUUUCAGGUCCGAUUCCCAGUUAUGGAAUUAUAACAGAACUAUACUUCAUUCAGUUUUUAGGAAGGCAAGUUUUCAGUUGUUUGUUCACCAAACAAUCAUGAACAAGAUUGAGAGUUGUCUACUUCCAUUUCUUGAUCGUGGAUGGAAAGAAGGAAUGGAAGUGGACCUGCAAGAUGUAUUCCAAAGGUUAACCUUUGACAACAUCUGUUCCAUUGUUUUAGGAUUUGAUCCGAAUUGCCUUUCCAUGGAAUUCCCAGAAGUUGCAUGUGAGAAAGCCUUCACUGAAGCUGAGGAUGCUCUGCUCUACCGACAUUUCAGGCCAAAAUGUUUAUGGAAGCUGAUGAAAUGGCUUCAUGUUGGAAAAGAGAAGAAGCUGGAAGAAAGCCAGAAAAUUGUUGACCAAAUGUUGUAUACAGAAAUCAGAUCCAAGUGCAAAGUGCAAGGCGAAAGCAAUAACAGUAGCACCCCGGUAGAUGAGUCACAGUUUAGCUUGCUAAAUGUUCUAAUAAAUGAAGUAGGAAAGGGAAAAGCAGAUGACAACUUUCUGAGAGACACAGCAAUAAAUCUCCUUGCAGCUGGGAGAGACACCAUUAGUUCAGGUCUCAGUUGGUUUUUCUGGCUGGUGGCAACACACCCAUCUGUAGAAUCUAAGAUUCUUGAAGAGAUCCGAAAAAAUUUACCAGCAAGAGAAGGUAAUUGGAAGAAUUUAGGCGUGGAAUCGAUUAGCAGGUUAACUUACCUCCAUGCAGCAAUAAGUGAAGCAUUAAGGCUUUAUCCUCCAAUACCAAUUGAGCACAAGUGUGCCUUAAAAUCUGAUAUGCUUCCUAGUGGUCAUUGGAUAAAUUCAAAUACCAUGAUACUAUAUUCUCUAUACACCAUGGGAAGAGCAGAGGAAAUAUGGGGAGAAGAUUGCUUGAAGUUUAUACCAGAGAGGUGGAUUUCUAAGCAAGGAGGGAUUAUUCACAUACCCUCUUACAAGUUCAUUGCAUUCAACGCAGGACCAAGAAGUUGUUUGGGUAAGGACAUAAGCUACACUGAGAUGAAGAUGGUUGCUGUUUCUAUAUUAUCGAAUUAUCAUGUCCACUUGGUGGAAGGCCAAAUAAUAUCCCCAAGAGUUUCCAUUGUCCUUCAUAUGAAACAUGGCUUGAAGGUUAGAGUAACAAAAAGAAGCUUCUGUGACUUAGGGAUCUAAGUUAACCGAUUGUGUUCGCCUUCUACAUGUAAGGUUUAUUAAAAAUGUUGAAGUUUAGCAAUUUGGAUGUUCGGGUGUCCUGUGUGUUUGUGUUCAUUGUUCUUCCUUUUCCACAAUGUUAGUGUAUAAAUAGAUAUCAAUAAUUUAUUAGUAGUUUUAUGUUUGUGUUGAAGAUGGUUGCUGUUUCUAUAUUAUCGAAUUAUCAUGUCCACUUGGUGGAAGGCCACACAAUAUCCCCCGGAGUUUCCAUUGUCCUUCAUAUGAAACAUGGCUUGAAGGUUAGAGUAACAAAAAGAAGCUUCUGUGGUCAAGAGAUCUAUGUUAUAGUAACUGAUUGUGUUCGGCUUCUACAUGUAACGUUUAUUAGAAAUGUUGAAGUUUAGCAAUUUGGAUGUUCAGGUCUACUGUGUGUUCAUGCUCAUUUGUUGUUCCUUUUCCACAAUGUUAGUGUAUAAAUAAAUAUCAAUAAUUUAUAAGUA